CCCCACCUGGAAGCAUGUGUGCUGAAAUUAAAAUCAAACACGCAGCUGAGCUCCCCGAUACAAAACAUCACAAUCAUGACAAGAAUGCCCACGAUAGCAAACCCAGCAAUUAGUCCGACUGGACCUCCGGCAUUCAACGCAGAUCCCAUUCAAAUAAAGACACCGGGCCAAUUAUGCCUGCAAGAGCAAUCAUCGAAAUAUGCCUUGUCCUCUUUUGAUGCCUGUUUUCGGGUCAUAUCUAUGGCGAAUCGCGAGCGACUCAUUGGUCACUUGUGGUUGUUCCUUGAGUGACAUCCGGAAUGGUAACCUUUUCUAGAUACUUGGGUGAAUUUGAUACGCACAACGACUUUCCUUACUUGGUCCGGGAACAGCUUCACUACCAAGUCCAAGAUAACGAGAAGUUCACUUUCAAAUCUGGCCUCACGUGCCAUACAGAUCUAGUGAAACUUGUCAAAGGUCGAGUGGGCGUUCAAUUCUUUAGUUGCUUCAUUGAAUGUAAGGACACAAACCCACUCUACCAAGAUUUCAAUAAACCCACAACCGUGGUUCGAGACACCAUGGAGCAAAUCGAUUUUGUGCGCAGAUUAGCCGACAUGUACCCUGAAAAUCUCAAGUAUGUCAGUAGCAGUGCCGAGGCAAUUGCGGCUUUUAAAAACCACAAAUUGGCAGUCACUUUGUGUGUUAAAGGACUACACCAAGUAGAUGCAUCGCUUGGAGUGCUUCGGCGAUACUUUGAUCUUGGAUGUAGAUAUAUUACUCUAACACAUAAUUGUGAUAAUCCGUUUGCCACUGCUGCAUCUUCCGUUACUGGUAGACUCCCAGAUAGAGGCUUGAGCGAAUUUGGGAGGAAGUGUAUUCGGGAAAUGAACCGAUUGGGUAUGAUGGUCGACCUUUCUCAUGUGAGUUUGCAAAUCAUGUGGGACGCAUUGAAAACAACGGCUUCGCCGGUCAUUUUUUUGCAUUCGUCUGCUCAUGCUCUCUGUGAGCAUCCACAAAAUGUUCCAGAUGAUGUUUUACUCAAGGUCAAAGAGAAUAAUGAUGUGGUGUGUGUAAACUUCUACCCAGACUUUAUUAGCAGUAGUGGCAGUGGAAAGGCCACUCUCCAAGAUGCUGUCAACCACAUCUUGCAUAUUGCCCACUUGAUUGGGUGGGAACAUGUGGGAUUGGGGUCUGAUUUUGACGGAAUCCCAGAAGGACCCACUGGUUUGGAGGACGUCUCUAAAUACCCCGACUUGAUUAAAGCUGUCAUGGACGCAUCUGAUGCUACCGACGACCAAAUAGCCAUGCUCAUGGGCAAAAAGGUUCUGCGUGAGUCAAUUGAAGACUCAACUUGGGCUGAAAGAGAAUGGAAAUUCUUUAGCUAUAGUAAAGCUUUUCCAGAAGUAUACCCAGGUGCUAGGGAAGAAUGUAAGAACGACUACGGUGAAGAACAGAGUCUUAAUGUUUUCAAGGACUUGAACAGCUCUAAAACCAUUCCCUGAAAAUCAUGAUUCUCUUACAUUGAAGAAAGGCCAUUCGAGAUCGGGGUCAAAAAAGCGCUUAAACUUAACACAAAGAAUAUUGCACAAGGCUGGAGCGAAAUCAUGAUAGCCGCUGCAAUGAAAUAUAUUAGCAACGGAAUACAAAUUUACAACGAAG